UUUCAAGAUGGCGACUACUUUGCCUUUGUUCAUUUCCCUUGAGCUGGCAGCGUCACGUGACGCAUUGUGCCCAAUAUGCCUUUCAAUAUGCAUGAUUAGGCUAUAUAGCGUCCGGACUGGGGAUGCUGUGUGGACUGCGCAUGUGCGAAUAGAGGGCCGGGCCUGAAGAUGGCGGAUGAUAAGGACUCAAGACCAAAGCUGAAGGAUCUUGCUUUUUUGAAGUCUCAGUUGGAAAACUUACAGCAGCGAGUGGAAGACGAGGUGCAGGCUGGAGUGGGCCAGGAUGGUUCUUUGCUGGCAUCUCCAUUUCUCAAAGGGUUUCUGGCAGGUUACAUUGUAGCCAAACUCCGAUCUUCUGCAGUCCUAGGAUUUGUGUUUGGGACCUGCACUGGAAUAUAUGCAGCUCAGGCCUAUGCAGUUCCCAAUGUUGAAAAGACAAUCCGAGACUAUGUCAGCUCGCUGAGGAAAGGACCAGACUAGAGGAGAAUCCUUUUGGACAACAAUGCACUCCAGAAACAGCUCUUCUCUUGUUAGACAUCUUUGACAUGAUCUUAAGGGGCUCCCAGGACUGUAGCUACAUAUGUCAUUCUGGCCCAUUGUAAAACAUGUGUAAUACCAGAUCAGUGUGAAACAUCAGCAGGUCUGAUUACAAAAUAUUAUUAAUCAGAAUACCCUGAAGGUAGCAACAGCUGCUUUCAGCUGUCCAGUGCUUGCGAGCUUCAAAAUCUGAAUGUUGACAACUGCCUUUCUCACUGUAAUUUCUUACCCUGCAUUUCCCCCCAGUAGACUGGAAGGGCGGCUGUCAGAUCAUCUCAUAUGCUAUUAUUACACCCCUUCACAUAUCGAUUGCCUUGCCCAGGAAAUGUGCUUUGUCUAAUUUCUAGGGAGACCUCAAUUUUUUUCCCUGAUAAAGAGCAAACAUGUUCCUCUUCUUGCAUUGAGCACAUAAUGAAUAGUUCAGUGUCUUCCUAAUUAGACUGUCUUUAAAUAUAUGGCAUUUGUUGUCUCUCUUUCCAAGGCAGUGACUUGAUUUUUAGAAACACAUCUACAUCCUGGAAUGUUCUUGCCUCUACUGAGGCUCUGACCGUGAAAGGACUAGGU